AUGUUUGUUUUCCUUGCUUUGAUCACUUUGACUACUUGUCUACAAAUACCUCUCAAUCCAACAAUUGACGAUUUCUAUAAUCCACCAAAAGAUCUCGAAACAAGCCAAUUGGGUGAUGUUUUAAAAUGGAGGAAAAUGCCAUUCCCGGUAACUAGCAUGUUUGUAAAUCUUCCAAUUUCUAAUGCAUGGCAAAUAUCAGUUAGAUCGCAAGAUACAUUAAACAAUUCUCUUGCUAUUGUUGCAACAAUUUUAGAACCUCCUAAUGGUGAUAAAAACAAGUUGAUAUCUCAUCAAGCUUUUGAAAACUCGCCAUUAUUACUGUGUUCCCCAUCAUAUUCCAUGCAAGUUCCAUCAUUCGAGACAUUUCAGAUUCAAGCAGAUUUGAUUUUUAUUUCUGGUUUACUAAGCCAAGGUUGGUAUGUGGUGGUACCAGAUUAUGAAGGACCAAAUUCAGUUUUCCCUGUGGGACGACAAUCUGCUUAUUCUGUAUUGGAUAGUAUAAGAGGCACAAUCAAGUUCUUCAAUUCAACUGGAAACUCAACUGUGAAAACAGCAUUAUUGGGGUAUUCAUAUGGUGCAGUUGCUUCUCUUUGGGCAUCAAUUGUACAGCCCAACUAUGCUCCAGAGCUUGAAUUGGUGGGAGCAGCCGUUGGAUGCACUAUACCUAAUAUCACCGCAUUUAUUGAAAAAGUAGAUGAAGGUCCAUAUUCAGGACUAAUUGUUAAUAUAUUCAAUGGACUAGCAAAUGAGUAUCGCCAUUUCAGGGACAGAUUGAUACAUUUUGGUGCAUUACAACCACUUGGAUGUUUAUUUCCCAUUUGCAGAAAAUUCUUUUUCCAAAAAAUGAUUGGUGGAGUAUAUGAUGCCCAAGUGUUGACCGAUGAAACUAUAAAGGAAACCAUUGAAAUAAAUAAUCUUCUUUCAACUCGAGCGGUUCCACAAAUUCCUGUAUUUUUGUUUCAUUCAAAAUUCAAUGAAAUGUCACCGUUUUUAGAAAUUUUGAAAUUGGAAAAGCUUUGGUGCUCACAGUUAGGGGUUAAUCUAGAGAUAGCAGAAGAUAUGAGUUAUAAUCAUAUGGUUGAAGCCUUUUCUGGUAUGCCAGCAGCAAUCACUUGGAUUGAAAAGAGGUGGAAUAAUUCAACCUUGGGAGGAUGUAAACAUGUUCACCGGUUGUCAAAUUUUGAAUAUCCUGGCAUAGCACCAUUUCUCAGUCAGUACUUCCGUUCGUCUUUACAAAUGGUGUUAAAUAAUAAUCGUUAUUUCAACAAUACUACAAGAUAG